UCGGGUGCCGCCGCCGCAUCUCCCUCUCCUCCUCCUCCUUCUCGUGGCCGGACAGGGGAGAAAACGAAGAUGGCGGACCUAGAAGACCAGCUCUCCGAGGACGAGAAGGUGCGCAUAGCAGCGAAAUUUAUCAUCCAUGCUCCCCCGGGGGAAUUCAAUGAAGUCUUUAACGAUGUCCGAUUGCUGCUUAAUAAUGAUAAUCUUCUCAGGGAAGGAGCAGCUCAUGCAUUUGCACAGUAUAACUUGGACCAGUUUACUCCAGUAAAACUAGAAGGCUAUGAUGAUCAGGUUUUAAUAACAGAACAUGGUGACUUGGGCAACGGAAAAUUUUUGGACCCGAAAAACAAGAUCUCUUUUAAAUUUGAUCAUUUAAGGAAGGAGGCUACUGAUCCAAAGCCUCAUGAAGUUGAAAAUGCAAUUGAGUCAUGGAGAAACUCCAUAGAAACAGCAAUGAGAGCCUAUGUGAAAGAACACUAUCCAAGUGGUGUUUGCACAGUGUAUGGAAAAACAAUUGAUGGGCAUCAAACAAUUAUUGCAUGCAUAGAAAGCCAUCAGUUUCAAGCAAAAAACUUUUGGAAUGGUCGUUGGCGGUCAGAAUGGAAGUUUACAAUCACUCCUUCAACCACUCAGGUGGCUGGUAUCUUGAAAAUUCAGGUUCAUUAUUAUGAAGAUGGAAAUGUUCAGCUAGUGAGUCAUAAAGACAUACAGGAUUCUCUAACAGUGACUAAUGAAGCCCAAACAGCAAAGGAAUUUGUAAAGAUCGUAGAGGCUGCAGAAAAUGAAUACCAGACUGCUAUCAGUGAAAAUUAUCAAACUAUGUCGGACACUACUUUCAAGGCCUUACGACGACAACUGCCAGUUACUCGCACAAAGAUUGACUGGAACAAGAUCCUUAGCUACAAGAUCGGGAAAGAAAUGCAGAAUGCCUAAAAUGAAGGUUGCAAAGCUGGAUCCUUUCGGUGUCCUUGUAUACAAAAUAAAAGUGAUUGCAAAGGUAUUCGGAAUUGUUAAAGUCACCCAGUCAGCAUGGGCAUUUGCUGUUGAAAAUCACUGUACGUAGUUUGAUUAGAACACAGGCUUAGCUAAUUGACCAUUUUACUUUGUCCUUUUGUUUCUCCUUUAAAAGGUUACAAAAAAAUCAGUGUAGCUGAAAAUGUUGAGAGCUUCUGAUAUAUUUAGACAUAUUUUUUUUAUAAUGAUGACAUGCCUAUAGUUUUCAGUUCAAUUAAAAACAAUUUGAGAAUUUUUUUUUUUGCAUCCGGUGAUCACGUGUUGCUUUGCUUUCGUGCAAAAGGGCAGCUUCUAGAACACAGUUCCCUAGAACAAGUUGUUACUGGACAUCGCCUAUUUCACAUUCAACAUGGAUUUUAGCCAUGUGUAUUGUUGUAGGAAUAAUUAUCCCUCUACUGUAUGAAAGCCUGCAGAAAGCAUUCUAUAUCCAAAACUUUUCAGUUACUUAGCUAGCUAGGUGUUAACUUUUUUUUUUUUAAAGAAAAAGGCCAAGGUCUAAUGCUGUUUUUAAGGUGUUGAAAUUAAAUAUUAGUGCUUAUUUUGGAAAUGCAUUUAGUGCUCUGUUCCUGACAGCUGUUCAAAUGAGAUCGGAUUCCAUCAGUCCUCAAGUUAAUUUUUACCAUGCAGCCACAAUUGUAUUAUAACAACGCAUAUUGUAAUAUAUAUAUAAUCCUGUACUCAUUACUGUGUCUGUCAGUUUUUUCUCUCUUGGAUUGAACUGUACUAAAAUUCAAUGUGACAUUAAAAAAUGCAAAUUUUCUAUUUA